UUAAAAUUAAGACUAGUAAUAAAUGGACUGUAGAUAUCUGAAAUAAGAGUUUUUCCUGGUAACAAAUCUAUUGCAGAUAUCCACAAUGUUCAUUUUAGAUAUCUAAAAUGAAAUUAAGGACAUCUAAAAUUUAAGCCCAAUACACAUGAUGGCAGAGUGACGCCAUUUUUCCUAUAGGAAUAAUGUUGUUGUGGAUAUGUGAAAUGACAAUUGUGGAUAGGAAAAAAGGAAGACGUAUUCCUACCGUUUACCUAAAUAAAAGAGCAAAUAGUGUGAAAAUACUCAACCAAAUGUAAAAGUACUGCAUUCAAAAUCUCACUUAAGACAAAGUACGUAAGUAUUAUCGGCAAGAUUGAAUUAAAGCAUCAAAUGUAAAAGCACUCAUUCAAAUGUUCCCUGACACUACCUCCUUCAGUUUAUCACACACAUUCAAAAUCAUUACAUCUGGAGAUAGUCCUACAUGGUUUACACUGGACAGGAAGGGUAUGAAAAACUGUCAUUUGAAAAGUAAUCAAAGCUGUCAAAUAAAUGUGGACUAGUGGCACAAUAUCUACCUCUGAGAUGUAGUGUACUAGAAGUUUACAUUCCUCCCACUGUGUAUAUUACCAUGACAAAUUAAAUUCCAAAACAGACCUCUCAGCUCAUAUCGUGGGCUGCUGCCAUGUGUUGACGUCAACGCUAGGGGGCGAUAAUUCAUAGGUUGGCCGGAUUUGUAACAUGGGCUACAUGGAAUAAAACUAAAGAAGAAGAAACAGCUGACAGACAAAAUGGCUGUGGGACAAAGCUAGGUGCUUGGCUAAUGUAAACAUCCACCAACAGUGGACUGGAGCUGGAGCGACGAUAACGUUACUCGACACCCUUUUGACAUUGCGAAUGAGAGUGCUUCCAUAUUUUGGUGAAGGAUGACGAGCCAGCGGCGUGGGAUCCAUCUGGACCAAUCAGAGCUGCUUUGCAAAAAAGGAUGUGGUUUUUAUGGCAACACUGGCAUGCUGGGCCUGUGCUCUAAGUGCUGGCGAGAGGAAAAUCAGCGAGAAAAGCAAAAACAGAUUCAAGAGGACUGGGCACUUGCUGAGAGGCUGCAGAAAGAGGAAGAGGAAGCCUAUGCAAGCAGACAUCAGAAGGCCCCAUCACAGUCUACCAUCACACCCUUCAACAAGUUUGAGGAAAGAAAAACUAAGGAAAAGUCCAGCAAAGUCCACACAGUCACAAAGUUUUUUACUCCCUCCACAAAAACACCAUCAAAAAAAGCUACUCCUUUUGAAGCUCAGUCCAGCCCAAGCCCCAGCUCCUCUGCAAGCCGUCAUUCCUCGGUGGACAGUGACCAUGCAACGAGAGAGUUCAUUGAUUUUCUCAAGCCCCUGAAGUCUGGCAGGGAGAUCUUCAAACAGUGCCGGGCCUUCACUGAGAGCAUGGUCUAUAAGCGGGACAUGGGUGCUGAUGAGCUGUCAGAGUGUGUGCAGGACUUCUACCAGAAUCUCUCAGACCGCCUCCACACCCAGUUCAAAGGUUCCUCAGAACAUGUAGAGAGCGUUAUGGAUGAAGUAGAAAGGUACAUGAUGACUCGUCUCUACAAGGAAGUGUUCUGUCCUGAGACCACAGACGAUGAGAAGAAAGACCUGGCCAUUCAGAAGAGAAUCAGAGCCUUGCAUUGGGUCACCAUUGAGAUGCUGUGUGUUCCUGUAGAUGAGGAGAUCGCUGAGGCGUCAGACAGUGUAGUCAAAGCCAUCACAGAUGUAAUUGAAAUGGAUUCAAAGCGUGUGCCCAAGGAGAAGCUGGCGUGCAUCACUCGUUGCAGCAAGCACAUCUUCAACGCCAUCAAAAUCAGCAAAAAAGAGGCUGCAUCUGCAGAUGACUUCCUCCCGACACUCAUCUACAUUGUGCUGAAAGCAAACCCACCGCGACUGCAGUCCAACAUCCAGUACAUCACCCGCUUCAGCAACCCCAGCAGACUAAUGACUGGAGAGGAUGGUUACUACUUCACUAAUCUGUGCUGUGCAGUGGCCUUCAUUGAGAAGCUGGACGGUCAGUCUCUGAACCUAAGCUCUGAGGAGUUUGAGCUCUACAUGUCCGGCCAGGCAUCCCCCCAAUGGCCACAGUCCACCGGAGCUUCUUCCUGCUCCCCAGGCAGCUCGACUCUCAGUCAGGUCGACAAACGGCUGGACCUGCUGGCAGGGCUCGGAGAAAGGCAGGACCAGGUCAUGGAGAAGGCUCGCCAGCUGGAGAGCGACCUCAUAGACUGGACGGACGAGGUGGAGCAGAAGGUGCAGAGCGUUCUGGAGAGCUUUCCACCAGAGACGCAAAACCCGUCUGCAGCCACAGCUAGUGGGACAACGUCUGCAGCAUCAUCAGCAAUCGACUCUGAUAACGUUGAGAAUGAGCACCUGCCCCCACCUCUGCAACCGCAAGUGUUUGCUGGUUGAUGUACAGAGCUCUAGAGGCUUUACUCCACCCUCCCCCUCUUCCCUGCUAUUAAACUGUUUGUAUGCACACACAGCUGCCAUCUGAUUUGGAUCACAUUUUAACUCUGGCCAUUUCUAUUCCAUCCAUCCAUGGUCCUUGAGGCCCUGAAAUUACACUGAUUAGACACCAAACUAUUGCAUUAAAGGAAUAGUUUGGCAUUUUGGAAAGUACACUUAUUUGCUUUCUAGCAGAGAGCUGGAUGCAAAGAUCAAUAACCACUCAUACCUGUACGGUAAAUAUGAAGCUUAAUGUGAAGGAGCAGACUGACUUCACUCCAAGUUCUUCCCGAACACAUCUGUUGGUCUCCCACAAUCGCAUCACCAGUACCUCAAUACUUCUUUAUCCUUGUUAUUGUAGUUACAUUUAUGCAGACGGGUUAAAUGGUUGGAUGUGCUAUUUCAUUAUAUUUCUGUCAUUAUUCGCAGCUUUUCACACAGUUUUUGUUAUAACGUAGCAAUGUCUCCAGGUGCAAAUUCAAAAGUGGGUGCUCAAAUUAACACGUAGAACCUCACUCUCCAAGUAACAUCUAAUGUCUUUACAGUCCAUUUUCAGUGAAAUAGGUUUUGUUAAAGGAAAUGAAGAAAUCUGAAAAAUGCCAAAAAAUAACUUCCUCUCUAAAAUAUUCCUCUAGCUCAUGCUCGUGGUUUGUUCUGUGUUUACUGUGCAUUUCCCUGUCCAGCAGAGAACUAUCGUGUGUGUGUGUGUGUGUGUGUGUGUGUGUGUGUGUGUGUGUGUGUGUGUGUGUGUGUGUGUGUGUGUGUGUGUGUGUGUGUGUGUGUGUGUGUGUGUGUGUGUGUGUGUGUGUGUGUGUGUGUGUGUGUGUGUGUGUGUGUGUGUGUGUGUGUGUGUGUGUGUGCGUGCGUGUGUGUGCGUGCAUGUUCUGUUAAUGUUGGUAAAUCAUUAAGUCCUCCCUGUGGUGUGUAUGGAUAUUGGUCACGUUUUCAUGCCAGACCUCCCACUCCAGUCAUAAUCUGGAUGUACAGAAGUGAUUUUAUUUUUCUAUAGAGUGGCAGUUAUCGAUUCUUUUGGAUGCAAUAAUCCUGUAAUAUUUACAGUAGUACUCUUGUUCAAAAAAUACAUUGCUAGAAGACUUGUUACAUGAAUUCUAAUGAUCGAAUAGUAACAUUUUCAUCUAUUCAUUUAGGUUCUCGAGGGUGUCCUAAGCAUGUCCCAUCAGAAGAAAAAAGUUUUUAUGUAAUCUGUUUGGCGGUUUUGCUCUGUCACUGCUAAGGCUGGUUGCUUUACUAACAUAUAUAACCAAUUUAAUUUAUUUUAAAGCACUUUUCUUCUGUUUGAUUUAAAGCUCUUAUUUCAGAAGGACAUUUAAUGGAGUAAUGGCUAUAUUCAGUUGAAAGGAUAAUUGGUGAAAGCAGUGUUGUCAAACUGUAUCUUUGUAUUUGGCAGGAAGGAAUGUUUGGGAGAGUUUUUUGUUUUCCUUUUCUCAUGCGCUAAGACUUGCAAGAUGUUGCUAGAUUUGAAUCUCUUCUUUUCUUCUUAUUCGCAGCACGUAAAGUUAAAGUGCAGUAGCUGUCCAAUUUUAAUUUGAGUAAAGACUUUUAAUGCAAACUUAAACAAUGGCUUGAAUAACUUAAUAUUGCACUGUAUGCAGAAGCCAUUUAUGAGGUAUAUGAAGAUUUUAAAACAUAAUCUUUGUAACCUUAUAGGUUUGUUAUUAUAUCACAUGGGAGAAAGUAACUCAAUACUGUAUUUUAUUUAUAUGUAAGUUAUUGGGGCAAUAUUGGUUUAUAUGCCUUUAUGGGUAUGUGAUGCUGAUGAUGAAUAAAAAC